UAUUUUUACAAAGGGCAGACAACUCUUCCAAAAAGUCUUAAGUGCAAAAAGGUCAGCUUCUAAUCAUUUACCAGUCAUGUGAAUUUCAUCUGCUUCACUUUCAUCAUUAUUUAACAAUAAACAUUUAUCUUGAUCUAAAUCCUUCAAAACUGUUCAUUAUCCUUUCAUUAUACAUGGAAUACCUUAAAUAUUAGCGCUCUUUGGACACAUCACGUGAUAAUCUCCAAGGUGCGCUGAUUUGCAUAAAGGUGUUUAGAUAUGGCGGACGAGAUUUUAACAUUUAGUUUUGCCCAGUGUCCUUCCAUAAUUUAAAGAAUAUGUUAAGAAUGGAUGACAACGACAAAUUCAAGUUGCAACUGGAUGACCAGAAAAAGAAUAUUUUUGUCACCCAGCUGAAUGAUAGAGACGAUGAGGACCAUGAUGUCACUGCCUUCCCGGUUGUUAAAGAGACAGGGGGGCAGCUCCUGGAAACAGGCAUCAAUACUUUCCAGAAAACCCUACUUCUUAAAAAAGAGGUGGAAGUGGCAAAAGUGGAUGCUGAACUGGAGAAAUGCCGUCGCCGUUUCCAACAGAAGAUGGAGGAGCUACAGCAGAGGAAACUUAAUGUUCAGAAAAAGAGACAAAUGAUGAACAAUAAAGUGGCAAAAUUUGACAAGUUCAUCAAAGACAAUGAUGCCAAGAGACGAAGGGCUAUUCAGAAGUACCAAACUGAAGUGCUGCUCAAGGAACAGAAACAGACAGAAUAUGAACAACUGUGUGAACAGCUGGCGGAGCUCAAAAGGAGGAAAAGUUAUUUGGAGAAGAAAGUUAGUCAGUACAAAAGAUUUGAGGCAUAUCUUUUGAAAGUCAUAGAUGUUAUGCCUGAAGACUACAUUCCAGAUGACGAUAAGAUGAAAGGGUUAAUGAUGAGGCAUAAGACAUUGAGCGAGUCCAACAGAGAUCUGGUAGACAAUCUCAUUCAUAUGGGAGAUGAGAUAGAAAAUCUCAGAAAGAAGUUGGAUGAUAUGAAGAUGGAUCAUGACAAAAGAAAAGUGUCCAUAAACAGUCACCUUGCCAAACUCCAGAAUUUACAGGAAAAAAGACAGGACUUUAACAAGCAGGAGGAGCAACAGUUUGCCACAAAUAAAGGAGAUAUGAGAAAACGAAGGACAGAGCUUGGUGUUAUAUUAAUGGCUAUUGACAACAUUGCUGAGAAGUGCUUGAAACGCUUAGAUCCAACACUAGAUGAAAUGACUUUGGAGGAAAAACUGAAUAAAAUUGGGUCGUACCUUCAAGAACGUGAAGAUGUAGCGAAGAUGGCAGCUCCCUCUGGUGAGAUGAGUGGAAAGGGUAGUGCAGAUGUUCACAAGACAAAGGUCAAAAAGAAGGUCAUGGUCACUGGAUAGGAAAUUAUUACUUUUACUGAACACAGAUAUAAACAAUUUUGGUGGACUUGAUUUUAGGGCAGUGAUUGUUGAAAUGUUCAGUUACACAGAAAUUUAUUGAUUUCAUUUACACAACACAGUAGCCAGGGAAAUAGAUGGCAUUUUAAUCUUAUCUGUUAUACACCUCAUUCAAUUUUGAUACGAGACUUUUUUCUCCAUUGAUAUAUGAAAGGCAAUUGAUAUUUUGAAAAGAAAAUAUACAUGAAUAUGUGAUAUGCGAGUAAACAUGAUGAGAGAGGAGUGCUUGUAUUUCUUUUCAGUAUUUCAAAAUAACAUUUAUAAAUGGUUCACCUGUCUCAUGUUCAUUCUUCACAACACAUAUAUUUUAUUUUCCAUAUAACAAUACUGGUGAUAAUGUGAUACGCAAAAUCAUGCUCAUCACUCUUCUUAAGAUUUCUGCCUUGUACAUGCAUGUAUUAAAACUCAAUUUUUUAUGAUUCAUGUUUACAAAAAAAAAACCUGCUCCACAAACAUUUUUACAUCUGUACCUUGCCAUUAGGUUAGUCUUGAAUGUUUACUUUGUGUGAUGCCAAACAGUAUAUGAGUAGUGAACCCGAGUGUGUGUAUUUUAUUGUAUGAUCUAAAGGUGACAUUAUUAAUCUUUUGAAAAUGUUGUACACCAGUUUACUUAUAAAUUAUUAAGACCCCCCCCUUUUUUUUUUUUUUUUUUUUUACAUUUUUCUUUGUAGUAGACAUUUCAUGUUGAUGAAUUAGGGUUACUCUUUUGUUUUUGCAGUUUUUUUAUAUACAUAAUUUUUAUAUCCCCCCCCCCCCCCCUGCACAUCAGUUAUAGUUAGUACAUGAAUGAAGAACUCUUUACAAUUUGUGCAUUUAUCAAUUUCCAACAUUUACAGAAUGUUAGAAUGGAUGAUUCGUGAAUAAAUAAUAAAUUUGAACAGCCA